GUGGCCUCGGGAGGCGGCGUGGGGGCUCCGUGGGCCGGGGGUCCCCGCUUCUCCUCUUCCUCUCUUUGGCUCUCUGACAGUGUCUCCUGAGACCUCGGCUCAGAGCCGCGCGGGCGCUCCCUCCCUCAGCCCAGGUACUCAUUAAUGAGUGAAGGAUCAAAAGGUGGGACGGUGGCCAAGAAGCAAUGGAGAAUAAAAGUUUAGAAGGUUCCCCAUCUGACCUAAAGUUAGUGGCUCAUCCGAGAGCAAAGAGUAAAGUGUGGAAGUACUUUGGGUUUGAUACCAAUGCAGAAGGAUGCAUAUUACAGUGGAAGAAGAUCUACUGCCGUAUUUGUAUGGCACAGAUUGCCUAUUCAGGAAACACGUCCAACCUUUCCUACCACCUUGAGAAAAAUCACCCCGAUGAAUUCUGUGAGUUUGUGAAAAGUAACACUGAGCAAAUGAGGGAAGCCUUUGCCACAGCAUUUUCAAAAAUCAAGCCGGAGUCAUCACAGCAGGUUGUUCAAGAUAGCCUCAUUAUGAAGACCUACCAGAACUAUGAAAACAAAAAACAUCAGGAAUUAACAUCUGCAGUCAUCAGCUUGAUUUGCGAGGGCAUGUAUCCAGCCUCCAUCGUUGAUGAACCUACCUUCAAGGCCCUCUUGAGAACAGCGGACCCCAGGUAUGAACUUCCGAGCCGGAAGUACUUCUGUACAAAAGCGAUUCCUGAAAAGUACAGUGCUAUUAGAGAAAUUGUGCUGAAGGAGCUGACUGAGGUUCUGUGGUGUGGCAUAUCCACAGACAUGUGGAGGAGUGAAAACCAGAACAGGUCGUAUGUAACUGUGGCAGUUCACUUUCUCAGCAGCAGUCCUGCCAACUGCCUGGCUGUGAACUCGCGGUGUUUGAAAACUUUUGAAGUACCAGAGGAUAACACUGCAGAGACCAUUACACGAGUCCUUUAUGAAACAUUUAUUGAGUGGGGGAUCAAUACAAAAGUGUUUGGUGCUACAACAGAUUACAGUAAAGACAUUGUAAAAGCUUGCUCUCUCCUAGAUAUUCCCGUACAGAUGCCUUGUUUGGGCCACACUUUCAAUGCAGGAAUACAACAAGCUUUUCAGCUCCCCAAACUCUGCAACCUUCUUGCCAGGUGCCGAAAGCUGGUGGAGUAUUUUCAGCAGUCUACGGUUGCAAUGUACAUGCUGAGUGAAAAGCAGAAGCAGCAGAAUAUUCUCCACUGCAUGCUGGUAAGUGACCGUGUUUCCUGGUGGGGAAGCACGCUCGCUAUGCUGCAGCGCCUCAAGGAGCAGCAGUUUGUCAUUGCGGCUGUUCUCGUGGAGGACAGCAACAACCACCACCUCAUGCUGGAAUCCAGUGAGUGGAAUACAAUCGAAGGGCUUGUGGAGCUGCUCCAGCCUUUCAAGCAGGUUGCAGAGAUGAUGUCUGCUUCCAAAUACCCGACGAUAAGCAUGGUGAAACCACUUCUCCAUAUGCUUCUGAAUACAACUCUGAACAUCAAAGAGAACGAUUUGAAAGAAAUCAGCAUGGCAAAGGAGGUGAUUGCUAAAGAGUUGUCAACCACCUACCAGCACACACCUGAGAUAGACAUGUUUCUCAAUGUUGCAACUUUCUUGGAUCCCCGCUACAAGAAACUGCCUUUUCUUUCAGCCUUUGAGAGGCAGCAGGUGGAAAACAGAGUGGUGGAAGAAGCAAAAAGCCUGCUGGAGAAAGUAAAAGAAAAUAGCUUUAGAACUGAGGAGAAAUUCUUCACUGUUUCAGAAGAGCCCCCUAUGAAAAAAAUCAUCAUCUCCUCUACUCCUCCUCCUACUAGUGUCAUCAACAACAUGCUUGCAGAGAUCUUUUGCCAGACAGGAGGCGUGGAAGACCAGGAGGAAUGGCAUGCUCAAAUCGUUGAGGAGUUGAGCAACUUCAAGUCACAAAAGGUCCUUGGUUUGAAUGAAGACCCGUUGAAGUGGUGGUCUGACAGACUAGCACUGUUUCCAGUUUUACCAAAGGUUCUUCAAAAAUACUGGUGUAUUCUGGCCACGAGGGUCUUCCCUGAACGCCUUUUUGGUUCUUCUGCUAAUGUUGUGAGUGCAAAGAGAAACCGGUUGGCCCCAGCUCAUGUGGAUGAGCAGAUCUUUUUGUAUGAGAACAGUCGCAAUGGGUCUGAGGCAGAACCGGAGGAUGAAGAUGAAGGAGAGUGGGGUUUGGAACAGGAACAGAUUUUUAAUUUAAAUGACUCGGUAAACAUAAACAAUAAUUUCUUUAAUAUUCGAGACAGUGGGUUUGUUUAACAGGACUGCUGCGGUACGUUUAAUGACAAAGAAAAGAGGUAUUUGUCUUAAGUUACCAAAAAUUCUUCUGUUUUAUGCUAUGAAUGCUGUAAAUAUUGAACAGUUGUAACAAACUUGAUUUAGCUUCCAUUGUCUGUGUUUUUCCCACUGUCUUAAAACAUGAAUGACUUGUGAUCAAACAGCACUGAAGUUAAUGAGGAAAUAAAUUCUACAAAGACCGUGGUUUCUGACUGUGGCCCAGAUUUCAGAAAGCACUUAUCCAUGUGCUUCCUUUCCACUUGUUUCAUUAGGAGACAAACACAUGCUUAUGUGCUUUCUAUCAUAAAAUUAUUUUCCUGAGUUAGGACCUUGAGGAAGUUUUUAAAAUUUAUGCCUCCAUUUGUAAAUCCUGUGUGACUCAGGAUAAUAGCUUUAAAUUUUGGAUUUUAAAAUGUUUUUUAAAAUCCAUAGAUCUGAACAGUGAAUAUUUUUAGAAUAUAUUGUUGGUAUGGAAUGAAAAAAAUCUUGAGCCUGAUUUUCACUACCUCAUGUCUUAGGUCUGGUCUAUGCUAGAAAAGUUCAGCCGGUAUAAUUCUGUUGGUUAGGAGACUGAUGUGUUAUUAUUUUAACUGAUACUGUGCUGGCAUAGGCUGUAGUGUGGAUGCAUUUAUACCAGGAUAAUUUAUUUUCCUUUCCAGUGCUGUGUAAAUGGUAUAAACACUUAAACUGGUAUUACUGUGUUCACAUUAGUCCAGUUUUACCAUUUAACUGCAGCUAAAUGGCAAAAUUGGUUUCUUGUUUGUUUUGCUUUGUGUCUAAGCAAGCCCUGAUUGUAGUCUCUUGUGCUUUUGCAAAGUGGGAACCAAGUGUGGGGUUGAGACAGUGUUGUGUUACCUUGACCUUGUGCUGAUGCCAUGUGGUGUGUAGCAGUCAAGGCAUCAGCACUUUGGUUAAGGGAGAGGGGGAAGGAGAGGGCAGGGAGACGUCUACAGGCCACGGGUCUAACGGUUUGUCUGUGUUAUAAAAUCCUUAACCUCUUCAUUUAAUGGGGUCUUUGCCCAGGGUAGCUAGAAUAUUUUGUUGGCAAGAAAAGCAAAAUAAAAAGCUUUAAUAUUAUGUAAAUAUAUUUAAAAGAAGGGGACCCCUCCAUUUUCUCUGAUGUAUUUAGUGAAUCUUUAAAAUUGUUUUUUGUUAUGUUAGCACUUAACAACUUCUUUCACCUGUCUCUUUUCAAUUCAGUUUGUAGAGUGGACUUUGGUCCUUCCCAGUCUAAUGUUUGAGUACUGUUUCCGAUUAGUUGUGUAUUGUAACUGCUCCCUUUGUGUCUCCAAGCAUAAGUUUUUUAAGCCCUUUUGAGAACUUGACAAACAAGGAGAAAGAAAGGAAACCAACCUGAGACACGCCCCC